CAGGAGAAACAAAUUAAUUUGGAUCAACAAUUAAACAGAAUGACUCAUAUACCAUCAGAGGAAGAAGGUUUCACGGUUGUUGUUUCCAAAAAAAUCCAAAAGACGCAAUGAAUCAACGCAUAGGACUAUUGAGACCAGGCACCAAACAUGAUUACACAACACCAGACAACAUACCCAACAGCGUGCCCGACUCAACUACUCUAAUGCACCUUACUAAUUUUUUUCUUUCGCGUUUUCGAUUGAAGGAAAUUAUGUGUAGUAUGUCAUCGUGUAUAUAAAAUGUGUAUUAGGAUCAUUCUACGUAAACUAUGUAUUAUAUGGGCCCAUUGGCCCGUCUCUGUAAACCCUAAUAUCUCCCUAUUUAUAGGAUCUUUGAUAAUGAAACUAUACACACAAUUCUCCCUACAAUACGUUAUCAACACAACUCUAACCCUACCAUUCGCUCUCCCAAAAUUCUACUAGCACGCCUGUGGUAGCACACAAUCGGCCGCCCCUCAACCUAGCGACACACACAGUCGUCCUUCCCAGGGGCGAAGCUAGAGGGGUGGCCAACCGCGUCACGGCCCGCCCCAAAUUUGAAAAUUCUUUGUAUUUUUAGUCUAAAAAUUUAUGAAAAAAAAAAUUAUCAGAAAAAUUCUUUGUACCGACCCAACCUAACCUUCAAUCCUAGCUACGCCCCUGAUCCUUCCCUCAAUCUGCAGCCCCACUCGGCCGUCUGUCCCUCAAUCCUCCAGAUCUCCCUGCUGCUUAACACCAUCUAGAUCGACCAGGGCCGCCAGAUAUCCUGCUGAAGAUUGGAUGCUGCUAUAGGGUCGGUCAACACUGGGCCUGAUGACCAAAAUCAAAUUGUAAGGACUGCAACAGCUAUCAGGAUGAUUCAUGACGGUGAUGUUCUCCUGGAAUCCCUCCACGUAGUUCCCUCACCGAUUGGAUCUUCUAUCAUCUUCAUCAAUCAAAUACUUGAUGGUGGAUGGAGAAGUAACAAGAAACGAAGGAGGUUUGGAAGACACCUACUUGCGGCUGACGACGGACAACAGAAAUGGAAGAAACGCAGAAGCUUUGCACGUCGAAAAUGGGGGAGCUGUGAACGAAGAAGAUGGAGCUGCAACGGAGGAUGAAAAUGGUGGAGGUGUGAGCGAGGAAGAUGGUGGUCCGAACAAUGCUAGGGACGAAGACUUAGGCGGUACGGGUGACGAACCUGUGACACAAGGCGUCAAUGAAGUUCCGAUAUUUGACGGCCGGGAUGAUUACAGUUGUGACGGGGAAGGGAAUAGCAGGAAGAAGACGAACGCAUAUGUUGGAGUGUUUGUGUCUCCGGAUGGUUUGACUUGGAGUUGUCUGUGAGCUAUUACGCAAGAUUGGUGAACUACAUAUGAGUUUUUUAUGUUAGUUAUAUACAAAAGUGACAGGUUGUUGAAGCCAUUUGGCGUGUUGGUGUCAUUCAUAUUGUUAUUUAUGAUAUGGAAUUGUUGGUGUUUGUUGUAUAUUUUGAAGUGCUUUAGUUGUGUGAGUUAUAUACAAAUGUGGGAGAUUGAUGAAAUCAUUUGAUACAGAUAUGAAGUGCUUCAUAUUUGUUGCAUUUGACUUUCAAUUUCUUGUUUGAGAGCUUGAAAUGAGUUGUCUGUGAGUUUGAUAUUCAUGCAUGUGAG